AGCAAUGAACGAAUCAGUAAAAUCCAGAAAUGAGUUUGUUCUGGCACCUAUUUUUGAAAACGACCAUUGGAUGCUCCUUGCAAUAUCUGUAAAAAAUUGCACCAUAUAUCACUUCGAUUCCAUUUGCUUGAGUUUAGGUCGAAAGAUAAAGAUGAAGACAAUAGUGAGACAUUUUUUUACAAGGUACAAGAUGUGUGGCAACCGUGUCAACAGGAAAGAGCCUUUAUGGAAAUAUGUGGAGUGCGCUCAACAAAAGGGAGGCCUUGAGUGUGGAUUUUACGUAAUGCGGUACAUGUUUGAUUUAGUCUCUUGCUGCAAUGAUGUUUCAGACUUAGAGAAGGUUUGCACAUCAAUGAGUGGAGAUCCUUUCACCGAUGAGCAAAUUGAUGAAAUACGAGACAAAUGGGCAUCAUACUUCACCGAACAUUGUGUGUAAUUAACGCUUCAUCGAUCUCUUUUUGUGGAUGUUUCAUGCUAUUAAAAUCAUAUAUAAUUGCCUUAUUAUAUUUUUGGUGCAAUUUUGUAACGUGUGAAGUGUAAAAGAUAUAUUUAUUAUAGACUUGAAACUAUUUAGGUGGUUUAUUUUGUAAACAUAUGAUGGUUAACUUAUAUGUAAAAA